AUGUCGGCCUCUUCAGCUCACAAGGACGUCGAAACUGGCUCGCUGAAGGCUGAAGCAAAGAAUCCAGAGCCCCUUACAAGUUCCAAUGGACCAAACUCAGCGCCGCAGUUCCCUCCUCCGACCGAAUCCAAGAAACCGGCCUCUUUCAACCAGGCCCAACCCACAGACGAUAAGGAAGCAGAUGGAACCCUGGGCGACAAGGAAAAUGCGCGUUCAUCGUCCCUGAAACACAGCUCACCGAGGGGCAGGUCAUCACUGAGCAUUCGACCGCCAAACCGGUCAACCGAAGACCCCCAACCAUGGAGUCGCCCUCAGCAUCAGGCGUCCAACCCUGGAAUGUCUCCUCCAUCCCGUGCCCAGAGUGUACAAUUCCGAGAUACAGACAACGAGGCUCCCGACAUAUCUCAGUCCCGGCCGCAAUCUCGACCUGCAUCCCAACAUGCCGACGAUGAUGAUCAGGGUCCGAAGGGGAAACAGUCGUUGUUUGGCAAACUCAAGUCCCUCGCUACUACGCCCGCAUUUGCGUCGCACUCGCGAUCUCCAAGUAGUGCCAGUGCGGACUUCCGACCGGCCCCAGGCGAUAUGGUUACACCUGGAUCGGAAAGGGGAGAGUUCCGUUUCCCAGAGCCCCUGGAAGAAGAAGGAAGUGAGAUCGAUGCUGACGCGGAGGAGAGCGGCGGCGAGCAACAAGGUGGUCCUUACACGGCACCUACAACGCCCAAAACGACGCGCAGGCCAUCGUUUCACUUUUCAUCUUCGUUUGCGCCAUUCGAGAACUAUCGCACUAAUCUGUUCCCCCGAAGAGCGAGCACGACGGACUUCAUGCCCCAACCACGGGAAGGCGUUUCGGAAGAUGAAGGCCGUGAGAGGCUCAGUCGGCGGAUGAGAAGCCGUCCAUGGGCUAAUACACGGGGUGCCAGUUAUACUGACCGGGACGCGGAUGCCAAUCAAGACGAACAGCGGCCGAGCAACUUGAGACGACUGACUGGGUUUGGCGGGCCAUCUGGAAAUGAUGAAAGCCUAACAGCGAGCUGGAGACGCCAUCGAACUGAACGUGGCACAAGUGCCAGUGCUCAACGAUGGAAGCAAAUCAAGGCUGGUCUCAAGCUCAUUGGGCAACGACGAAGGCCAGAUAACGCUGUGGACAAUAAAAAAUCCGCAGAGUUACUGGCUGAACUUGCUUCGGCUGUGCCUGCUGCGCUUAUCCUGGCUAGUGCUUUCCAACGAGAUGAACAUGGCAGCAAGAGGAUCCCGAUUCUCUUGGAGCAAUUGAAGGUUCGAGUCACAGACAGCCGUAUUGACUCUCACUCCGGCGAUCGUCAUCUAGUCUUCCGGAUUGAAAUGGAAUACGGAAGCGGCAUGACCCGUAUGAAAUGGAUCAUCUUCCGCACGCUGAGGGAUUUUGCCAAUCUGCAUCUCAAGUAUAAGCUUCAUCUGGGGACUCAAAAGUACAUUCAGCUACGUACGAGCGAAAACAGCCCGAGUCUCCCUCGCUUCCCCAGAAGUGCGUUCCCCUACAUGCGAGGCGUGCGAGGUCUUGAAAGCGAAUUCGAGGAUGAGGAUGAAGAAGGUGGUUAUGAGACCGGUGCAGAGGGCAUGAGUGGGACAGAGAGGCCUUCGACAAAGAAAAAGCAAAGUCAACAACCACACCAGCGUAAAGUCUCUGGUCCACUUGCCCGCAGAAAAUCCAGUAUCACCAACCCGGAAGGAGACUCGGCCGCAGGGCCUUCCUCCGCCCACGAAGGGGGUGCCAGAAAAGAAACAUACCCUGGCAGGCAGCGGAAGAAGCUCGAGCUUUAUUUGCAAAAGAUGAUCAGGUUCCUGAUAUUCAGGGCUGACAGCAAUCGCUUGUGUAAAUUUUUGGAAUUAUCUGCUCUGGGCGUCCGCCUGGCCGCUGAAGGCAGUUAUCAUGGCAAAGAAGGUUUCUUGAUCAUCCAAUCCUCCAAAGGUCUUGAUUUCCGCAAAGCCCUCACGCCUUCUUUGGUCAAAAAGCGCCAUUGGCCCAAAUGGUUUUUGGUCAGGCACAGCUACGUAGUCUGCGUGGAUUCACCUGAAGAGAUGAACAUUUACGAUGUCUUUUUGGUGGAUCCCCAUUUCAAGAUCCAGACACCGAAAUUGAGUCUACGCAAUCAACAUCCGAAGGAUCUUGCCAAGUCUGCAAAGCAAUCUGCGAGACAUCCUCAACACCACACCCUCCGCCUUGAGAACUCUGAACGCAAGCUCAAACUACUAGCUCGGAAUGAGCGUCAAUUGCAACAGUUCGAAGACUCGAUCCGUUUCAUGGUUGCCAAUACCCCCUGGAUGCAUCCGAAUCGGUUUGAUAGUUUUGCGCCUGUGCGACAAAAUUGCUUUGCGCAGUGGUUGGUUGACGCACGAGACCAUAUGUGGGUUGUCUCACGAGCAAUCAACCAGGCAAAGGACGUUAUCUAUAUCCAUGAUUGGUGGCUGAGUCCGGAGCUGUACAUGCGUCGCCCUGCUGCCAUCAGCCAGAAAUGGCGCCUGGAUCGUCUCCUGCAGCAGAAAGCUCGAGAAGGUGUCAAGGUGUUUGUCAUUAUGUACCGCAACAUCAACUCCGCCAUUCCCAUUGACUCGGAGUAUUCCAAGUUCUCUCUCCUCGAUCUCCAUCCCAAUAUCUUUGUUCAGCGAUCACCAAAUCAAUUCCGACAAAAUACCUUCUUCUGGGCCCACCAUGAGAAGCUCUGUCUUAUUGAUCAUACUAUCGCAUUUGUCGGUGGCAUUGAUCUGUGCUUUGGGCGUUGGGAUACUCCUCAGCAUCAGUUAACCGAUGACAAACCUACUGGGUUUGAAACCACUGACGGUCCCAAAGAUGCAGACCAUUGUCAACUUUGGCCCGGUAAGGACUAUUCCAAUCCCAGAAUCCAAGAUUUCUAUGACCUUGACAAGCCCUAUGAGGAGAUGUACGACCGUAAUGUCGUGCCGCGAAUGCCAUGGCACGAUAUUUCCAUGCAUGUCGUGGGCCAGCCUGCUCGGGAUCUUACUCGUCAUUUCGUGCAACGGUGGAACUAUAUUCUUCGCCAACGGAAGCCCACGCGGCCGACGCCAUUCCUCUUGCCGCCACCUGAUUUCAACCCCGCAGAUUUGGAAGCUCUGGGUCUUGAUGGCACAUGUGAGGUACAAAUACUCCGGUCUAGCAGCAUGUGGUCGACGGGAACACCCGAUGUCACUGAACACAGCAUCAUGAAUGCCUACGUGAAAUUGAUUGAAGAAUCUGAACAUUUCGUCUACAUCGAGAAUCAGUUCUUCAUCAGCACUUGCGAGAUUGAUGGACGCAAGAUUGAGAAUCUCAUUGGAGAUGCCCUGGUUGAGCGUAUUGUCCGAGCAGCUAAGAAUGAGGAAGCAUGGCGCGCUGUCAUUGUCAUUCCCCUCAUGCCGGGCUUCCAAAAUACUGUGGACAGCGAAGGUGGUACAAGUGUUCGCCUCAUUAUGCAGUGUCAAUACCGUAGCAUCUGCCGUGGAGAAACAUCGAUCUUCGGCCGCCUCCGUGCUCUGGGAAUCGAACCCGAGGAUUAUAUCCAGUUCUACAGUUUGCGAACUUGGGGCAAGAUUGGACCACAAAAGCAAUUGGUUACUGAGCAACUUUACAUUCAUGCCAAAUGCAUGGUCGUUGACGAUCGUGCUGCUAUCAUUGGCUCCGCGAACAUCAACGAACGAUCUAUGUUAGGUUCGCGUGAUUCAGAGGUUGCGUCUAUCGUGCGAGACACCGAUAUGAUCAUGUCGACCAUGAAUGGCAAGCCGUACCUUGUCGGUCGAUUCCCGCACACUUUGCGUAUGCGUCUGAUGAGAGAGCAUCUCGGAAUUGAUGUCGAUGAGCUUAUGGAACACGAUUUCGCUACUGAGGAAGAGCUACGCAAAAUCCAGGUCGCCGAAGGAGUUGAUCACCAAGCUGAUAACCGAGAAGAGCGAAGAGGUUCAGGGUCCUCGGCCAUUGAACGACAAGAUGAGAGAGAAAUGGUUGAGCGCCGGCAUCGUGUCCAGGAUGAGUUCCUUUCUCGCUCUGAAGCCAUGUAUAGCUUUAAUCAUGAUGUCGAUUGGGAGCAAGGUAGUAACCCUAAUCUCAAAUCCAAUCGCAAGCUCACUGCCGACCCGCGAGUUACUGAAAAUCCUGAUCAUCGGAAGGACGUGGGCGGUGAUGGCCCUGAUCAUCUGACAGCGGCUAUUCAAGCCGGAUUGGGAGUUGGUCGAGAUUCAGCGAUGGAAGCCAAUGGAAGAGAAGCUUUGCUCUCCCCCAUCGCCUCAGAGGGUAAGGGUACUAUUGAACGGCCGAAGUCAUCAUCGCACAAGCCCUCUCGAACACUUUCGACCCCCAAGGACAGACCUGAAACAUCUGGUGAGACAAAUCGCGACUCCGAGAUUAAUACGGAUAUCCCGUCACAGGGGCAUGGGUUGUCUGGGUCAUCAAGUCGCGAGUCUGAGACCGGCGGCACUGGUUUGACCGCGUCUAGAGAAGAAAGCGAAACCUCGAAGCAUCAUCAUCCAUCCGUUCCAGACCUCAGGCGCAUCUACAUCGACAAUGAUUGCAUGAGAGACCCGAUCAUCGAUGGCUUCUACCUCGACACAUGGCAAGCCGUCGCUGAGAAAAACACUAAGAUUUAUCGAUCUGUGUUCCGCUGCAUGCCCGACAACGAGGUGAAAAACUGGAAGGAAUAUAAGGAGUAUGCCGCAUAUGGCGAACGUUUUGCAGAGAUGCAGAGCCAACAGGGGAACAAGCCCGCCCAGCCGCAACAAAAACAAAGUGGCCCUCUCACACCCGGUGGUGGCGUCAGCUCUCCUAUGUCGAUCGCCUCUCAGUUGUCUUUCAUCGGCCCCAGAGCCGAAGCAGCGCAAGCAGACCCGAAAAGCCCCCAGUCAAUUGAUGAUAAGAUUGGGUCUUGGAACGAAUCUGGUCGUCUUCCUCAGUCUGAGCAGCUCGCAAAGCAAGAGACCUUGUCGUCUAUGGGUGAGAAGGCCGCAACGAAAAUGGCAUCGGACCCGAACUUAACGACCACUACCCCGAAUGGGACCAAUGAUGUAACUAGUCUUGCCGCCGGGGAGGAUGCCGAGAAACCACGCUCGGCCUCAGCUCAUGUCGAUUACUCUGAAGCCGUGAACCUAAACUCGGCGAGUCAGUCUCGGAGACGCAGGCGCAGAGCUACAACGAUUGGCUCUAAGCGUGACCCUCAUGGUAUAGAUGAGUACUUGGAUAAAGGCCGUGCAGAGGGUCUCCUUAACAAGACUCAAGGCCACCUCAUCUUGUGGCCAUAUGACUGGCUCGAAAAGGAGGAGCAGGGUGGAAACUGGCUAUAUGCUUUGGAUCAGAUUUCUCCUCUGGAGAUCUAUAACUAA